CGUAGUGUUGCGGAAGUUGACAAAAGAGAACGAUGCUCUUGCUGCUUUUUGAUGAUAUUACUGAUAUUUAGUUUUUAAUAUGAAUCGUCUCUCUUCCAGGCGUUUGGAGAUGGAGGAUGACUGGGAAGAGGAGGAGCAGCUUGUUGUGGUGGAGCUCUCCGGAAUAAUAAACAAUGACUUUCUCUCCAAGUGUAAGGGACCGUGCAAGAUACUGGAUAUAGACAGUGAAAAGCCCAUGAUGCAAAUUGGACAGUUUGUGUUUGCUGGAGAAUAUGAAGAUGCUUUGGGAACUUGUGUGCUAUUUGAAGAUGUUCCACAAAAAGGAAAAGCAAACAGUGGAGCAAAGCUGAAAUAUAUGUGCCACACUGUAAAGAAGUUGAUGAUGCAGCGAAUCUUUGUCACUGAGAAGAAGGGGGCCAAAACAAGCCCAGGAAAAGAAGAUGCUGGUGAGCAGAAAGACACGACCCUUCUACAAAAUAAAGAGGCAUAUGUGACAGAAGACAGUAAAGACAGCACAGACUUGGGGGACUCGUCCAUUGGCUGAGAUAUGGAAACAUGGCUCUACAAUAUCUUGGCGUCUCAAUGAAGAUGAUGCAUGCAUCAUUGUUUUCACCCAGCAGGAUUCAACCUUUAAAAAAGACAGGUCAAAGACAGUGUAAUAUAUACAAUAUAGCAGCAUUAAGUUGUGGCUAAUUCAUUCUUUGGAAUAUACAGUAAGGUCAUUUUCACUGUAUGUCAAAAGGACUGAGAUUCAUGUGUACAUUUGCUAGAAGCAUAUUGAAGAGAAAUUACAGAUCUUAAUUUGAAUUCUUCAGCAUAGUGCAUAUCAUUGUAUUUUUCUAAUAUCAGUUUCUAUUGCCAAUAGUAAUUAAAAAUCCCUUACCACAGGGAGGGAGAGAUAUCUACUUUAGUGGCAGGUUGUGAUAUGAAUGACUAACCAUUUAACCAUAUAGGGUUUGAUGUAUCAUAUUUGAUACAUAAACUAUUGAGACCUAUGCACCACUCUUUAAAAAAGAAAAGAGUGUUAUACAAUAAACAAUAAAUGAAAGUA